AUGAAUCAGUCUCUUUCUCAUGACCAACUCAACAAAAUUGCAGAAGGCAUAUCUGUUUUACUUCCCGGGAUACUGGAAAACGUACUUUCCGGGACUAAAACUACAUCCCGCGAGGGUUCUAUUCAUCGAAAGCUCUUCGUUGGGAGUCUCGGGUUACAUACUACAUCCGAGACUCUGCAUCGAAUUUUCUCUGCCUAUGGAGAACUAGAAGAAGCUUUCGUGGUUAUAGAUAAAUCCGGUAUAAGCAAAGAGUACGGCUUUGUGAUUUUCCAGAAUGUAAGGAGCGCUCUAAUGGCACUGAAAGAGCCAUACAAGAGGAUCGAUGGAAAAAUGACGGUUACAAAGGUUGCUAAUUCGAGAACCAAAGACGGAGAAAAUGAGUCUCUACGUACAAUUUAUGUGUCCAACGUGCCACGUGACAUGUUUCCUGGUAAAUUAUUGGAGUACUUCUCGUCUUAUGGCGUGAUAGAAAAGGGUCCAUUUGGUUUCGAUAAGGAAACAGGAAAAUCAAAAGGUUACGCGAUUUUCGUGUACAAAACACUAGAAGGUGCCAAAACUGCAAUUUAUGAACCUAGUAAGUGUGUUGAUGGACAAUAUUUGACUUGUGAAAUGGCCAAUCCGCGAACAAAGAAAAAACCGCGCACCAUUCCAAAUUUAUGCAAUUAUGGAACCGGUUUUUAUGACCGUUACAAGAAUGAAAGAUCAAGGUUCGAUAGUUAUGGCUCGAGACCAGAAGUGUCACAAGUUGGUACUCAGUAUGUCCCUUGUCAGGGCAAUGGGCAAAUGUAUGCACAAAAAUGUGAUUGUGGGCUGGUUUCUAAUGGCAACAUUCAUGGGGGCUUAUCACCGACAGUUAUGGGCCUCAAUCACAUGGGCUCUGGGCUUUGUUCUAAUAUGGGCCAUGCAGAUUUCAGUUUUUGGUCCUCAGAUUUUCCAAGGCACAAGCCAUUAUGGUUUUGA